AACAGGGCUUGCCUCCGCGAGCACCUUUUCUCACCGCUGCGGCCAUCGUCUAUGCAGAGGCAUUCGAGUACAAAAGGCGUCCAAUGUGCCGGUAGCCGAUCUAGUUCCAUCUGCAUACCUUCUUCCAGCCCAGCCCAAAGAGUAUCCUGCUGUCACCUUCCAAAUAUGUCCAGCAUCGGCACCUGGACGUUUACGCCUCUCAUCACAUCAUUCCCCUCUACGGUUCUCCCCAACCUUGGCUUCUGGAGCGCGUCCAAUGGCUCGUGGGAAUACCAAGUCGAGGUCGCAUGGCCCUUGAAUUGGACGUCAAUGGAAGAAGAUAGCACCGUCGAAACUAUGUAUGUCCUUGACGGCAAUGCGCUCGGGAUGACCGCCACGGAAGCCUGGCGUCGCCGCCGCCCUGUGGAGUUCAACCAGCCCGACAGCAUCGUUGUCAGUCUUGGAUAUCCGAACCUCAUUGAGGAUUCGCCGUACAGCACUGGACGAAGCUACGACUAUCAGCCGCCUGUUUGUGCAAACUGCACUCCGCCUGCUGCUCCCGGUGUUCCCUCUAACGCUGACAACUUUAUCACCUUCAUCGACGACGUCUUGAAGCCUUGGGUGCACUCACUCUUCCCGAACGCCAACUUCGACCGCGACGCACUGUACGGGCAUUCUUUCGGUGGACUAUUUGUUCUCUACGCGCUCAUUGUGCGGCCCGACCUAUUCGAUACGUUCCUCUCUGCCUCGCCCGCGCUCUUCUGGAACGACGGGUACAUGUUCAACCAACUUGGGCCUCUAAAGGCACCCGCAAACGUGACAUCGCCCAAGCCUGCGUUCCAAAUCAGCUAUGGUCACCUCGAGCAGUUUCCGCAGCGAAGGCGGACUGAGACGGAAGAGGAGUUUGAGUAUAGGAAGAGCGUUCUCUCGUUCUCGAUGAUGACGACGAAUUGCAAUCGGUUGUACAAUGAGCUAAAGAAUAGCACAAGGCUCAGGGACGUGGAGCUACACGAGUACCCGUUUAGCGACCAUGCAGCUGUUGGCGGGGCGGCGAUUUCAGAUGGAAUUGACUACUUCCUGGAUUGGCCGUGAGAUGAGGCGCCAACGUUGCUGUCCGAAAGCCGCGAAUGCGAGGCUUGUAAAUAGCGCAAAGAAUUGACGAAAAUCAAAUGCUGUCUCCGCCUUCUAUGCCGCUUGCUCAGCGCAUUCCACGUCGCACGGUCCGUGUACCCGCCGUCCUCUGAAGACACCCUUCCCGAAGAAGCAAGUCAC